AGCGCUGGCCAUUAAGCAUUUGCCGCACCAUUCUAUUCUGGCUUGCUGCGUGGUCGAAUAGAUUGCGCGGGAAAUUGAUUAGUCGCAACGUCUUAGACUGCGCAUGUUCCUGGGCGGAAGAAGCACAUGGCUCCGGUGGUCAAGCCACCGCCGUCUCGCUCUGACAGCCGCUUGCGAAGACGUGGAUGUGAAGAGUGGGCGAGGAGUGGACAAGGAAGAAACGAAGUGAACGAAGAGCGGGCGGGAACAAAUGGGGAGAAGAUCGCGAUGGCCAGUCGCAGAGAUAAAAGGAGGUCAGAUCCAUCUCACUCCCCUUCCUCAACCUCAGCCAGCUUCCUACUCUACACGCCUCAUCCACCAUGGCGGUCCUUCACCAGUAUGACUACAUCUUUGCGAUCGGCACGAUGUUUGCCAUGCUCGACGCAUUCAACAACGGUGCCAACGACGUCGCCAACGCCUGGGCCACCUCGGUCUCGUCGCGCUCCAUCAGCUACCGCAUGGCCAUGGUCUGCGCCCUCGUCUUUGAGCUGCUCGGUGCGUUGACGGUGGGCGCCCGCACCGCCGACACCAUCAAGAACGGCAUCAUCCCCAACUCGGCCUUCCAGGGCAACGCCGGUGUCCAGAUGCUCGCCUUUACCUGCGCCCUCGCCGGUGCCUCGUCCUGGGUCAUGUGGUGCACGCGCCACUCUGCCCACGUCUCGUCCACCUACUCGCUCAUUUCUGCCGUCGCCGGCGUGGGUGUCGCCACCGUCGGUGUUCGCUCCGUGCAGUGGGGCUGGAACAACGGCAAGGGCCUGGGUGCCAUCUUUUCCGGCCUCGCCAUGGCGCCCUUCUGCUCGGCCGCCUUUGGUGCGAUCAUCUUUCUGCUGAUCAAGGGCGUCGUCCACGUCCGUCGCAACCCGGUCCUCUGGGCCGUCUGGACCUCGCCCUUCUUCUUUCUCAUUGCCGGCACCGUCUGCUCGCUGUCCAUCGUCUACAAGGGCUCGCCCAACCUCGGCCUCGACAAGAAGCCGGCGUGGUACAUUGCCUCGGUCACCGUCGGCACUGGCGCUGGCCUCUGCCUGCUGUCUGCUCUCUUCUUUGUCCCCUGGCUGCACUGCAAGGUCAUCAAAAAGGACCAGGAGCUCGCCGCCUGGGAGGUGAUCAAGGGCCCCCUGCUCUGGCGCCGACCGUACUCUUCGGAUGCCGAAGCGGCCAAGGUGCCCGACUACAGCGUCGUCCAGCACGGCGACGACUCCGAGGUGUCGAGCACAAGCGACGAAAAGAUCAACUCGGUCGAGGAGAUCACGCCCGUCCGCACACAAAAGGAGCUCCAAAGGGACGCCGACGAGCGCUUCCACGCCAAGCUGCGCCUCAAGAAGGGCCCCAUGGGCUGGGCCAUGCGCUACCUGCACAACAAUCCCAUGGGCCCCGGCAUGAUCUACGAGUGGCACAACAUCAAGACCUUUGUCAAGCGCGUCCCCGCCAUGGUCGUCGUCGCAGCGCUGUACGGCAUGAACUACGACAUCCACGCGGCCCAGAUGGGCAUCGAGGGAACACCCGAGGGCGCGCGCAUGGAGCGCGUGUACGCGCACGCCAAGCGCUACCCCAACGAGACCGAGCACACCUACUCGUUUGUCCAGCUGAUCACCGCCUGCACCGCGUCCUUUGCGCACGGUGCCAACGACAUCGGCAACGCCGUCGCGCCCUGGGCCGUCAUCUACUCGGCCUGGAGCACUGGCGACGCGGCGGCGUCCAAGCUUCCCGUCGCCACGUGGCAGAUUGCUGUCCUCGCCCUGGUCCUGGUCAUCGGCUUUGUCACCUACGGCUACAACAUCAUGCGGGUCAUGGGCAACAAGCUCACCUACCACUCGCCCUCGCGUGGCACCUCGAUGGAGCUGGGUGCUGCCAUCACCAUCCUCAUCUUCUCCCAGUACAAGCUGCCGGUCUCGACGUCGAUGUGCAUCACGGGCGCCACCGUCGGCGUCGGCCUGAUGAACGGCACGCACAAGGCCGUCAACUGGCAGCGAGUCGGCCUGCUCUUCCUCUCGUGGGUCGUUACCAUUCCCAUCGCUGGCACGCUUGCUGGUGUUCCCAUGGCCAUCAUUCUCAACGGCCCUCGCUUCGGUCUCUGAUGUAAAUAUCUUGUUCUCUUUCUCGGGGUCUCCAGGAAUAUCUGUUUUCGUUUACUUGACUGGACGUGGAGGAUCUGAUCACCUGACGACCUGGUGGCUUUGCGGACAAGCCUCCCUAUCUCGGACAUGCUUCACAAUCCCGGGUCACCGUCUCUGCUGACGCUCGGCCGGAAGUGCUCGUCUUGACAGCUCCAGGCGCGCACGGUCGGCUGGCCAGAGAAGUUCCGUCUCCAGCCGGCCGGAACAAUCGCGUGUUAGUG